AUGGGUGAUGUUCCAGAUAACCCUGAGUACCUCGAGCAGCCCACGCUGACCGAUCUUGAGGAAAUGAAGCGCCUCAAGCAUGCGCUUACCAGUGCACCCCGGCAAGCAAUGUCAAAGAUCAUUUCCCAAAUUUACCGGUGGGUUCCUCCUGAAGUCAGACAAAGACUCAUCGAGGCGGAGCUUUUGGUCCCCGAUGAUGAGGCUGUUCAGCCGCCUGACGGACGCGACUAUCUUCGCUACUCACCUCAUCCGGAUGACACUUCUAGAGACUACUGUAGUCCUAUCCCCGAGUCUCAGGAUCACGACUCUCAGGGCCAUGAGACAGUGGUUGACUGGGAGGACACUCCAGAAUACAACAAAUACAUCGAAUACAAGAGGACCGGAGUCUGGCCCAAGAGUCCUGGUGAGAUGAGUGAUAGCGACGUCGACGAGGGCAAUGAGGCCGACAAGAGUGAUACUGCCCGACCCAAGAAACUUCGAAACCGAUACGCCAUCUGCAAAAACUGCGAGGAAGCGUUCGACGUUACUGCAAACACUGACAAAAGCUGCCACCGCCACGAGAAGCGUCCUAGACCGCGGGAAGAAAUGUGGGAGUCAUACAAGUUGGAGCUGCACUAUUGUGGAGCCAUUCAGCUAGAUGACCCCCGCUCCCAAGACCUCCACCCGACCUGGUUUGACUACCCAUGCUGCGACAAGCCGGAGCCUUGCUUCUACGACUGGCACCGUGAGGGGAAGCCCACUCCUAACCCGGAGGAGACGAUCAAGUGGCCGAGCUUUCCCACCCCGGGGCACGCCAAUUCGUGA